AAUUAAGUUAAUAACAUUUUUUACAGAUUUCUCAAUGAAUGCUGAACUAAACAAUAAUGCAUCAAUCAGAGUGAAAGAUCAGCAAGGAAAUUUAAAAAUAAAAAAGAGGGAGGUGUUUUUCUUACAAAAAGAUGAGAAGAAAGCUAUACUCAGUUUACCAGGUGGUGUGGUGGAGGUGGAUCUGGAUAAGAUUAGAUUAUUCUUGGUUGGGGUUAAUCUAAUAAUCCUGGCAGCAGCAACAGUAUCCUACUUGGCUUGGAUGGAUGCUAAGUAUAAUUGGCAGAUAAACUCAGAUGAACAGCCUGGUAGGAAUGUUCUCCGAUGCCUUGAUGAGCUACCGGAGCUGGAGAACAACCAACAAAUGAUCUUUAAGGGUAUACACUGUUACCUAGACCCUAUGCUCUACCUAUCUUCCUUUAAUCUUCUCAUAUACUGGAUUAUAUAUGGAGUCUUCAUUUCAGCAAGAUUUGGUGGAUUCUGUGAUAUCUGCAGUGUGUUGAUGACCCUCCCCCACACCCUCGUCAUCAUUAUCUGGGAGAUAGGUGUUGCUGCAUCAAUUAUCAGUGUACUUUUUGCCCUCAAAGACCUUCCUUGGAAUGAGCUGAAAGAGUUCAGUGAACAGUCCUACACAGAUCUUAGGUAUAUUGAAGAGUUCUAUCAACGAUGGGGUCCCUGGAUUGCUGUCCUUUACAUACUCUGCUUUCCUGUCCAGAUCAGUUUCGUUUGCCUUCCCUUUCUAAUGACAAGAAGUCCAAUAGAAACUGAUUCAAGCAGUAGUAAACAAAUAACUGCCUCAAACAGCACUGAAAACCCAUCUCAGAGAGGAAAAGAUGUUGUGCAAGGUCGAUAUCUGAUCAAGAUUAAAGAAAAGUUUCUUGACCUGCUCUCUAAACUUAUUAAUGGCUCAAGCAAACCAACGGAUAACAAACAGGAAAUACCCACUUCCUGUAAAAGGAAUGAUAUAUCCGACGACUCUGAGUAUGUUUGCCUAGAGGAACUGGAUACAAGUACAGCUGAUACUGAUCCUGAGUUGGCCAGCCUUUAUCAAUGUGAAAUGCCUCUGGAAAAGCUUGAGCACUUCAAAACCCAGAAACUGUUUUCUCGUGUACGUCGUGUGUCCUGGCGUAGUGGUCAAACAGCUGGUCAGGCGGUCCUGGGCACCAUGCAGAAGUAAGUUUUGUAUUUUUAACUAUUCCUUUU